AUGGCUAGUAGUAAAGGGGGUUCAUUGUUAAUCGUAACAUUACAUUUCGUCUUCCCAAAGAGAAGACAUUUAGUGGAGGAUGCCACUUGGCCGCAUUUUACACUUCUUGGCCAGAGUCUUGGGUCCAUGUUCCUCACUUGGGAAGCUUUAUCCCAAGUCAUUCCAGACUUAUACAUUGACAGCAUGGGUUACGCUUUCACAUUCUACAUAGCUGCAUGGAUCACUAAGGGGUCCAUACCUAUGGAUUACGGAUAUGCUGGCCCGUGUGAAGGCCAGAAAGGCGGGUCAUACCAACUGCAGAGAUGUCGCAGGCUCGUUGGUAUUGAGCCGUGGGAAGAUGUGGUAUUACCGUUUCCUAAUAUAUCACUACUCCUUGGCGCUCUCCCGCCCUUUAUUAUGGCAAACUCCAGCUGGACAAAGAAUCAUGUCGAUGCAAUACUCUUGCACUCUGACCCCGUCAUGAACUCAAAGAAACUCCACGCCAAUUCAGCAAGCAAGAAACCAGAAGCCAAGAUUGUCUACCUGCCAUGUGAUACCCGCGAGAUGGCACAACUCCCAUUGGACGAGAGGGAAAGAAUCAUUCUGAGUAUCGCACAAUUCAGGCAUCCUACAAUCAUCGAACUUGACCCAGUCUCAUUUAGCGGAUGCUGA